GUGUCGGACGCAGGAGACAUCCCGGAUUGUUCCUGACGCAUGUCUGUGCACUUUGAUCCGCUGUCAGCUCGUCGACACUCGGACCAGAAGUCCAGCCGCCACAAGACCCGCAGAGAGCAGACUCAGGUGUGCCCGCUGCAGCUAUGUCGUCCAGCGGAGAAGCCGUGUUCCGGGCCGUGGAGACGCCGCUGCUGUGCCUCGGUGCUCUGACCGCGGCCUGGCUGUCCGUGUGCUCCGUGUGCCGGCUGCUGUCCGGGAUCAGGGUGUGGGUUCUGGGCAACGGGCGGCUGGUGUCCCCCACCAGGCUGGGACAGUGGGCAGUUGUGACAGGAGCCACAGAUGGGAUCGGGAAGGCGUACGCAGAGGAGCUCGCCCGCCGAGGCUUCUCCAUCGUGCUGAUCAGCCGCUCUCAGGAGAAGCUGGACGACGUGUCCAAGUCGAUCGCCAGCAAAUGUGGCGUCGAGACCAAAACCAUCGCGGCAGACUUCAGCGCCGUGGACAUCUACUCCAAGAUUGAAGAUGGACUGGCAGGACUGGAGAUCGGAGUACUGGUGAACAAUGUUGGAAUAUCUUAUUCUUACCCUGAAUUCUUCCUCAACGUCCCCAAUCUGGACUCGUUCAUCGACACCAUGGUCAACAUCAACAUAACAUCGGUGUGCCAGAUGACACGUCUGGUUUUACCUCGGAUGGUGGAGAGGAAGAAGGGGGCCAUCCUCAACAUCUCGUCCGCCAGUGGGAUGUACCCGGUUCCCCUCCUCACCGUCUACUCUGCCUCCAAGGCAUUUGUGGACUUCUUUUCUCGAGGACUGCAGGCGGAAUACAAGAGCAAAGGGAUCAUCAUCCAGAGUGUUUUGCCGUUUUUCGUGGCAACCAAGCUGAGUAAAAUCCGACGGGCCACUCUGGACAAGCCCAGUCCGGAGCGCUACGUCGCCGCCGAGCUCAACACCGUGGGGCUGCAGACUCAGACCAACGGCUACCUGCCACAUGCCGUCAUGGGUUGGGUGACUACAGCUCUGCUCCCAGCCAAGAUCCUGAGCAGCUACGUGAUGGGGAUGGGUCUGUCCCAGCGCUCUCGUUACCUCAAGAAGCAGAAGCAGGGUUAGGCGGAGGCGGCGGCGGCGGCGGCGGCGGCAGACAGAGGGGACCAGCUGUGUUAAUGACUCGCACCAUCAUCGCCGAGCGGAGAAAACCUGACACUUUCUGGGCUUAACAUCUCAGUUUCCCCUCCCAGCCGUAGACGAGGCCGAGGGCAGCAUCUGGGCGCAUCGCAUGCAUUCAAUCCAAACGGUUAAUAUCGGACAAAGUGGAGCUCUUUACCCAGUAAACAGCUUUUUAAAAAAAGAAAAAAAAAAUUGAUAAAAAGGGGUAAUAUGGAAUCUCAACUCCCAAAACUAACCAUCUGUCUGCAAAUCAAAAUGUAAGCCCACCAGGAGAGGGGAGAAGAUUUGGACUGUGUUUGGUUCUGAGCCUCCUGUGGCUUCGUGGAUGAGCUUUAAGCUGUUUAAUGAAACACUGGAGGUGGUACUUACUGUUCUGGAAGCACUUAAACAAUGAGGUUCACCAGGCAGGAGUGGGAUUUUUGUUUCUAUUGACAUAUUCUGACUUCUUUUUUUUUGUUUUAAAGUGCACCCGCUCACCUUUUUAUGUCUUCAAAACCAUUCAAGAGCUCUCGUUUGCUCCGCUAAAGAGUUCUCUGCAGUAGUUAUGUGUUGAUGACGGGACCCUUUAACUAACCUUUUUCUUUUUUUUGUAGACGAAUAACCAGCUCAGACGGAGAAGUUGUGCUAGAUUGUUAUAAUGUGUGUUUUGUUUACAUGCUAUAUCAGCUCCACGGUGUUUCCUGAAAUUGUUAAACAAGCUGUUGUCUUUAUGAAUCAUUUCAUUCCUGCGUCGUUGGAUUUGAACCAAAUGUUAAGACAAACUGGACAAAAAUGUAAAAUCACUUUCUUUGACUUCUUGUGUUCAUACAAAGCGUCAGAAACCAGCUUUAAUAUGUCGGAAAACUUAACAUUUAACCGUGUGUGUGUGACGUCGUCGGAUCGGCUUCGGUUCUAAACUCUGAGCUCCUCUCAAGGGCGGUUUGUUGUUUGUGAAUCCAACUGAUGUACAGAAAAGUCCUUCCAGCCGUCAUUAAAUGUGCUUUUCAAAUAACUUUGUGCGGCCGUCUGUUGGUUCUGACUUCUUACGCUCAGCUUCACCUUCCUUGUUGUUUUUUUUAAUCAUGUAGCUGUAAAUCUGAAUUCAUUGGAAACCAGUAAUAGUUUUUAAUAUUCUCUUUGGCCUUUGUAAUUAGAUCAAAUAUGGAUGAAUCAGAGAGCACAUGUCUGGAUGCGGCGAGCAGUCUGUAAAUACGACACUCGUAUGUGGAGCAGAAAUGUCCGUUUUUUUUGUGUGUUAACUUCCCGUCGUUCGUCAUUUUCGCAGCCCAUACAAAUGUGCUGCUUUUCUCACCGUUCUGCCUCUUCCCUCCCAAACAUCACCGUCCGGUUCCCAUGCCAACAGUUUCUGGGAGAUUAUUCCGGUGCACUGGUAUGGAAGCUGCGGAAAUGUGUCAUCGCCGAGGAUGUAGGAGGGAAGAGAGGAGCUGUGUGUGUGAGUGUGUGAGUGUGUGUGGAGGGAUGCCCAGAGGAAGAGGCGAGUGGGUUGCAGGGAUGUAUAUAAAGAGGGAGAGGAGCUCGGUGGUGCUCAGACCGCACAGCUCGCUCAGGCGUCGCUCACACACUCUCACAACAGAUUGAGGGG